GUGGGACUUCAUGAAUUAUUAGGCCAUGGCUCAGGAAAAUUAUUGAGGAAAGAAUCUGAUGGAUCUCUUAACUUUUCUCCAACAUUAUUAGACCCUCUUACCGGAAGACCACCUGCAUCCUAUUAUGAACCUGGCGACACGUAUGAUACAAAAUUUGGCCCUCUUAGUUCUUCUUAUGAGGCAUGCUGGGCAGAAGCCGUUGGUUUAUACCUCAGUUUAGAUCCUGAUGUUUUAAAAAUAUUUGGACAUGAAGGUAAUGAAGCUGAAGAAGUAACCUACGUUAAUUGGUUGUCUCUGAUUUGGGCAGGAGCAGGUAGAGGCUUAGAGCAGUGGGAACCUGGACGAGGUUGGUUACAAGCACAUGCACAGGCUCGAUUUGUAUUAGCUAGGGUUUUAAUACAGGCAGGAAUAGCUCAGGUAACCCAACCAAGUGAAGGUGACCUCUUGGUUACUCUGGAUCGUUCUGCAAUCAAAGGAGCUGGUAGAGCAGCCAUCGGUCACUUUCUGUUGCAACUUCAGGUUUAUAAAGCUACAGGAAAUGUGGCAGAAGCGAAAAAACUUUAUCAUCAUUAUGCUGAAGUGUCGGAGCCUUGGUUAAGCUGGAGAUCAAUAGUAUUAGCGAAUAAACAACCUAGAAAAAUGUUUGUACAACCUAAUUUGGUUCUUGGAGAAGAUUCUACAGUUAAAUUAAAGUGUUAUGAAGCUAGUUUGGAAGGACUUUUGCAGUCCUGGACUGAUCGAUUUAUAAAACCUCAACCACUAUAUGAUGCUUUACUGGAAUUAACUAAAACUGAUGCUCAUCAUUUUUAAUACUUUUUCAUAUUGCCUUUAAUAUACAAUCUAGGCUCUAAGCAGUACUAUAAAGAAUUUUUUAAAUCUUGUUUCUUUAAUUCUAUAAAAAAUUUGUAACUAUAAUUGCAAUGAAAUAUUUAAUUUUCU